AUGUCCGAUAGCAAUAUUCCACUGCCUGAACGUUUACGCCCGCGUGAUUUAUCUGAAAUUAUUGGGCAGGAUCACUUAUUGGGUGAGCAGGCACCGCUCCGCCAAAUGAUCGAUCAAGGGCAUUUGCCAUCGAUCAUUUUUUGGGGGCCGCCAGGUGUGGGGAAAACCACGAUUGCUUUACUGUUGGCGCAAGCGAUCGACCGACCUUUUGUCAGCUUAUCUGCACUCAAUACGGGGGUUAAAGAGCUCCGUGAGAUCAUUGCUGAUGGCGGAGAUUUAAUGCCACCUGUGGUGUUUAUUGACGAAAUUCAUCGUUUUAACAAAUCGCAGCAAGAUGCCUUACUGAAUGCUGUGGAGAAAGGCAAAAUUACCCUCAUUGGUGCCACCACCGAAAAUCCUUCUUUUGAAGUCAACAGUGCAUUGUUGUCGCGUUGUCAGGUCUAUACCUUAAAUGCGCUCGAUGCCGAUGCGAUUCAAACUUUAUUACUGCAAGCGAUUAAGAACGAUCCGUUUUUAAAAGAGCGUUAUAUUCAAAUUGAAGAAUUUGAAGCACUGGUGCAGUUUGCCGCAGGUGAUGCCCGCAAAGCCUUGAAUUUAAUUGAACUGAUUGCGGGCACCUUCGAACCUGACGUUGAAAAUAUCGUGACCAAUGCAAUGGUGGUCAAAGUUGCACAGCAAAAUAUUGCCCGUUAUGACAAAUCGGGUGAGCAGCACUAUGAUUUGGUGUCGGCUUUUAUUAAGUCAAUUCGAGGGAGUGAUCCUGAUGCCACCUUAUAUUGGAUGGCACGCAUGCUCAAAGGCGGUGAAGAUCCUGUUUUUAUUGCCCGUCGGAUGUUGAUUGCAGCCUCUGAGGACAUUGGCAACUCAAACCCCAAUGCACUGCUGCUUGCUGGAGAAUGCUUCCGUUCUGUUCAAGCGGUGGGCAUGCCAGAGUGUCGAAUUAUUCUUGGGCAGUGUGCGGUGUAUUUGGCGACCAGUGCCAAAAGUAACAGUACUUAUCUUGCGAUCAACAAAGCAUUGGAUUUGGCUGAAAAAACAGCGAAUUUACCUGUGCCGCUGCAUUUAAGAAAUGCACCGACCAAGUUGAUGAAAGAGCAGGGCUAUGGCGUCGACUACUUAUAUCCGCACAACUAUCCAGAGCAUUUUGUAAUGCAAGAAUAUUUACCCCCUGAGCUCAAAGGAACCAAA